GCAGGAAGAAGGCGGGGCAAAGAUGGCGGCGCAGCGCUCGGCGGGGGCGAGGAGCGGCGGGGGCUGCGGGGCGGUGGGACGUUGACCCCGCCCCCUACUGCUGCCAGUCUGCGCCGGGCUGCUGUGGCGGCGGAGACCCGAACAUGGCGACCGCGCGCACCUUCGGGCCCGAGCGGGAAGCCGAGCCGGCCAAGGAAGCGCGCGUUGUGGGCUCGGAGCUUGUGGACACUUAUACGGUUUACAUCAUCCAGGUCACUGAUGGCAGCCAUGAGUGGACAGUAAAGCACCGCUACAGCGACUUCCAUGACCUGCAUGAAAAGCUCGUUGCAGAGAGAAAGAUUGAUAAAAAUCUGCUUCCGCCUAAAAAGAUAAUUGGGAAAAACUCAAGAAGCUUGGUGGAGAAGAGGGAGAAGGAUCUGGAGGUCUACCUCCAGAAACUCCUGGCUGCCUUCCCUGGCGUGACCCCCAGAGUGCUGGCCCACUUCUUGCAUUUUCACUUCUAUGAGAUAAAUGGCAUCACCGCGGCACUGGCUGAAGAGCUCUUUGAGAAAGGAGAACAGCUCCUGGGGGCCGGCGAGGUCUUUGCUAUUGGACCCCUGCAGCUGUAUGCCGUCACGGAGCAGCUGCAGCAGGGAAAGCCCACGUGCGCCAGUGGGGAUGCCAAGACCGACCUUGGGCACAUCCUGGACUUCACCUGUCGCCUUAAGUACCUUAAGGUUUCUGGCACAGAAGGACCUUUUGGGACCAGCAACAUUCAGGAGCAGCUCCUGCCGUUCGACCUAUCAAUAUUCAAGUCCCUGCAUCAGGUGGAGAUAAGUCACUGUGAUGCUAAGCACAUCAGAGGGCUGGUCGCAUCGAAGCCCACCUUAGCCACGCUGAGUGUCCGCUUCUCAGCAACCUCUAUGAAGGAAGUCCUUGUUCCUGAAGCCUCAGAAUUUGAUGAGUGGGAGCCUGAAGGCACAACCCUAGAAGGCCCUGUGACUGCCGUCAUCCCCACUUGGCAGGCAUUGACCACGCUUGACCUGAGCCACAACAGCAUCUCUGAGAUCGACGAGUCUGUGAAACUGAUCCCAAAGAUUGAGUUCCUGGACCUGAGUCACAAUGGAUUGCUGGUUGUGGACAAUCUGCAGCACCUGUAUAACCUUGUGCAUCUGGACCUGUCCUACAACAAGCUCUCCUCCUUGGAAGGGCUUCACACCAAGCUGGGGAACAUCAAGACCUUAAACCUGGCAGGCAACCUCCUAGAGAGUCUGAGUGGCCUGCACAAGCUCUACUCACUGGUCAACCUGGAUCUCCGGGACAACAGGAUCGAACAGAUGGAGGAGGUCCGGAGCAUAGGCAGCCUCCCGUGUCUGGAGCACGUGUCUCUGCUGAAUAACCCUCUGAGCAUCAUCCCCGACUACCGGACCAAGGUGCUGGCUCAGUUCGGAGAGAGGGCCUCAGAGGUCUGUCUGGAUGACACAGUGACCACAGAGAAGGAGCUGGACACUGUGGAAGUGCUGAAAGCAAUUCAGAAAGCCAAGGAGGUCAAGUCCAAACUGAGCAACCCAGAGAAGAAGGGUGGUGAAGACUCCCGGCUCUCAGCUGCCCCCUGCAUCAGACCCAGCAGCUGUCCUCCCACUGUGGCUCCCGCAUCUGCCUCCCUGCCCCAGCCCAUCCUCUCCAACCAAGGAAUCAUGUUCGUUCAGGAGGAGGCCCUGGCCAGCAGCCUCUCGUCCACCGACAGUCUGACUCCCAUGGACCAGCCCAUUGCCCAGGGAUGCUCUGAUUCCUUGGAGUCCAUCCCUGCAGGACAGGCAGCUUCCGAUGAUUUAAGGGACGUGCCAGGAGCUGUUGGUGGUGCAAGCCCAGAACAUGCCGAGCCGGAGGUCCAGGUGGUGCCGGGGUCUGGCCAGAUCAUCUUCCUGCCCUUCACUUGCAUUGGCUACACGGCCACCAAUCAGGACUUCAUCCAGCGCCUGAGCACACUGAUCCGGCAGGCCAUCGAGCGGCAGCUGCCUGCCUGGAUCGAGGCUGCCAACCAGCGGGAGGCGGGCCAGGGUGAACAGGGCGAGGAGGAGGAUGAGGAGGAGGAGGAAGAGGAGGACGUUGCUGAGAACCGCUACUUCGAAAUGGGGCCCCCAGACGUGGAGGAGGAGGAGGAAGGAGGCCAGGGGGAGGAAGAGGAGGAGGAGGAAGAGGAGGAUGAAGAGGCCGAGGAGGAGCGCCUGGCUCUGGAAUGGGCCCUGGGCGCGGACGAGGACUUCCUCCUGGAGCAUAUCCGCAUCCUCAAGGUGCUGUGGUGCUUCCUGAUCCAUGUGCAGGGCAGUAUCCGCCAGUUCGCUGCCUGCCUUGUGCUCACCGACUUCGGCAUCGCAGUCUUCGAGAUCCCACACCAGGAGUCUCGGGGCAGCAGCCAGCACAUCCUCUCCUCCCUGCGCUUUGUCUUCUGCUUCCCACAUGGCGACCUCACCGAGUUUGGCUUCCUCAUGCCGGAGCUGUGUCUGGUGCUCAAGGUACGGCACAGUGAGAACACACUCUUCAUCAUCUCGGACGCCGCCAACCUGCACGAGUUCCACGCGGACCUGCGCUCAUGCUUUGCACCCCAGCACAUGGCCAUGCUGUGUAGCCCCAUCCUCUACGGCAGCCACACCAGCCUGCAGGAGUUCCUGCGCCAGCUGCUCACCUUCUACAAGGUGGCUGGCGGCUGCCAGGAGCGUAGCCAGGGCUGCUUCCCCGUCUACCUGGUCUACAGUGACAAGCGCAUGGUGCAGACGGCCGCCGGGGACUACUCAGGCAACAUCGAGUGGGCCAGCUGCACGCUCUGUUCAGCCGUGCGGCGCUCCUGCUGCGCGCCCUCUGAGGCCGUCAAGUCCGCCGCCAUCCCCUACUGGCUGUUGCUCACGCCCCAGCACCUCAACGUCAUCAAGGCCGACUUCAACCCCAUGCCCAACCGUGGCACCCACAACUGUCGCAACCGCAACAGCUUCAAGCUCAGCCGCGUGCCGCUCUCCACUGUGCUGCUGGACCCCACACGCAGCUGCACCCAGCCUCGGGGCGCCUUUGCUGAUGGCCACGUGCUAGAGCUGCUCGUGGGGUACCGUUUUGUCACUGCCAUCUUCGUGCUGCCCCACGAGAAGUUCCACUUCCUGCGCAUCUACAACCAGCUGCGGGCCUCGCUGCAGGACCUGAAGACUGUGGUCAUCGCCAAGACCCCUGGGACGGGAGGCAGCCCCCAGGGCCCCUUUGCGGAUGGCCAGCCUGCCGAGCGCAGGGCCAGCAAUGACCAGCGUCCCCAGGAGAUCCCAGCAGAGGCUCUGGCCCCAGCCCCAGCAGAAGUCCCAGCUCCAGCCCCUGCAGCAGCCUCAGCCUCAGGCCCAGCGAAGACUCCGGCCCCAGCAGAGGCCUCAACUUCAGCUUUGGUCCCAGAGGAGACCCCAGUGGAGGCUCCAGCCCCACCCCCAGCCGAGGCCCCUGCCCAGUACCCGAGUGAGCACCUCAUCCAGGCCACCUCGGAGGAGAAUCAGAUCCCCUCGCACUUGCCUGCCUGCCCGUCGCUCCGGCACGUCGCCAGCCUGCGGGGCAGCGCCAUCAUCGAGCUCUUCCACAGCAGCAUUGCUGAGGUGGAAAACGAGGAGCUGAGGCAUCUCAUGUGGUCCUCGGUGGUGUUCUACCAGACCCCAGGGCUGGAGGUGACCGCCUGCGUGCUGCUCUCCACCAAGGCUGUGUACUUUGUGCUCCACGACGGCCUCCGCCGCUACUUCUCAGAGCCACUGCAGGAUUUCUGGCAUCAGAAAAACACCGACUACAACAACAGCCCUUUCCACAUCUCCCAGUGCUUCGUGCUAAAGCUUAGUGACCUGCAGUCAGUCAAUGUGGGGCUUUUCGACCAGCAUUUCCGGCUGACGGGUUCCACCCCGAUGCAGGUGGUCACGUGCUUGACGCGGGACAGCUACCUGACGCACUGCUUCCUCCAGCACCUCAUGGUCGUGCUGUCCUCUCUGGAACGCACGCCCUCGCCGGAGCCUGUUGACAAGGACUUCUACUCUGAGUUUGGGAACAAGACCACAGGGAAGAUGGAGAACUACGAGCUGAUCCACUCCAGUCGCGUCAAGUUCACCUACCCCAGUGAGGAGGAGAUUGGGGACCUGACGUUCACUGUGGCCCAAAAGAUGGCUGAGCCAGAGAAGGCCCCAGCCCUCAGCAUCUUGCUGUACGUGCAGGCCUUCCAGGUGGGCAUGCCACCCCCUGGGUGCUGCAGGGGCCCCCUGCGCCCCAAGACACUCCUGCUCACCAGCUCCGAGAUCUUCCUCCUGGAUGAGGACUGUGUCCACUACCCACUGCCCGAGUUUGCCAAAGAGCCGCCGCAGAGAGACAGGUACCGGCUGGACGACGGUCGCCGCGUCCGAGACCUGGACCGAGUGCUCAUGGGCUACCAGACCUACCCGCAGGCCCUCACCCUCGUCUUCGAUGAUGUGCAGGGUCAUGACCUCAUGGGCAGUGUCACCCUGGACCACUUUGGGGAGGUGCCAGGUGGCCCGGCUAGAGCCGGCCAGGGCCGUGAAGUCCAGUGGCAGGUGUUUGUCCCCAGUGCUGAGAGCAGAGAGAAGCUCAUCUCGCUGUUGGCUCGCCAGUGGGAGGCCCUGUGUGGGCGUGAGCUGCCUGUCGAGCUCACCGGCUAGCCCAGGCCACAGCCAGCCUGUCGUGUCCAGCCUGACACCUACUGGGGCAGGGCAGCAGGCUUUUGUGUUCUCUAAAAAUGUUUUCUCCUCCCUUUGGUACCUUAAUUUGACUGUCCUCGCAGAGAAUGUGAACAUGUGUGUGUGUUGUGUUAAUUCUUUCUCAUGUUGGGAGUGAGAAUGCCGGGCCCCUCCAGGGCUGUUGGUGUGCUGUCAGCCUCCCGCAGGGGGUACAGCCGUGCACACCAGUGUCGUGUCUGCUGUUGUGGGACCGUUGUUAACACGUGACACCGUGGGUCUGACUUUCUCUUCUACACGUCCUUUCCUGAAGUGUCGAGUCCAGUCCUUUGUUGCUGUUGCUGUUGCUGUUGUUGUUGUUGUGGGCAUCUUGCUGCUAAUCCUGAGGCUGGUAGCAGAAUGCACAUUGGAAGCUCCCACCCCAUAUUGUUCUUCAAAGUGGAGGUCUCCCCUGAUCCAGACAAGUGGGAGAGCCCGUGGGGGCAGGGGACCUGGAGCUGCCAGCACCAAGCGUGAUUCCUGCUGCCUGUAUUCUCUAUUCCAAUAAAGCAGAGUUUGACACCGUC